AUGGAGACCAAGGAUGAGGUAGACCUCUGCUUUCCACAGCUCUUCAACAGCUCCUGCAAAAAGCCAGCGUCUCCUCACUCUGAACUUGUGCUCCUUCACAUCGUGCUGUCCUCUAUCUCGGUGCUGACCGUGGUUCUCAAUCUGCUCGUCAUCAUCUCAGUCUCUCACUUCAGGAGGCUCCACACUCCCACUAACAUCCUCCUCCUCUCUCUGGCCAUCUCAGACUUUCUCGUCGGCCUCUUGUCGAUGCCGGGAGAAAUCCUCAACACAACCUGCUGGUUUCUUGGUGAUCUCGCAUGUACUCUUUAUAAUUAUGUCUCUUACGUGAUUACCAGUGCCUCAGUAGGAGACAUGGUGCUCAUAUCAGUCGACCGCUAUGUUGCAAUUUGUGACCCCAUGCACUACUCCUCCAGAGUCACUGAGAAGAGAGUUAAACUCUGUGUUUGUCUGUGUUGGCUCUGUUCUGUUUUCUACACCUCUCUCAUUUCAAAGGAUGAUUUUACUCAACUAGGCAAGAAUAAAACCUGUUACGGAGAAUGUGAUGUUUCGGUGAGCUACACUGCAGGGGUUACUGAUGUUAUUUUAACGUUUAUUGUUCCCAUCACUGUCAUCGUAGUUCUAUACAUGAGAGUCUUUGUGGUAGCUGUGUCUCAGGCUCAUGCCAUGCGCUCUCACAUUGCAGCUGUCACAGUCCAGGUUUCAUUGACUCUAACAAAGAAAUCUGAAUUGAAAGCAGCCAGGACUCUUGGUGUUCUUGUAGUUGUCUUCCUAAUAUGCUUCUGCCCAUAUUAUUGUGUUGCUCUUGCCGGUAAUGACUCAGUCAGUAGCUCGUAUAUGACUUUUGUCUUGUAUCUAUUGUAUUUCAACUCUUGUCUAAACCCUUUAAUCUAUGCACUGUUUUACCCCUGGUUUAGAAAAGCUAUUAAACUCAUUGUCACUCUGCAGAUACUGCAGCCUGGUUCCAGUGAGGCCAACAUAAUGUAG